AUGUCCAACAAUUUUUCGGAUAAUGUAUACGUAUCCCACGUGCAUGUUUCACAAAAGCGCAAGGCGUGGAAUCCUGCGGUGCCUAAUCCAACGAUCAACCAACUGGCUGCCGCCCGCUUCCGACACAUAGGAGAUGCUUUUUUCUGUUCGGCAAACGUCACCCGGAGCUCGAAUUCGGCGGUGGUGAUGCUUAAGCUCUCCGCACUCAUAGCUGGCCAAAGAUUGGCGAGCUGGAGAGUUCAGUUGCCAAACAUCGCGCCUCCGUUCCGGAUCGCCUUUACGAACAGAGUUAACGACGAAGAACAGUCCGAUCAGGCAAUUUGA